AUGUCCGGUGUCAAAGAGUUUGAUUAUUUGGUAAUUGGAGGUGGUUCCGGAGGAAUAGCUUCAGCUCGCCGUGCUAGGGAGUUUGGAGUAUCAGUCGGGCUUAUCGAAUCUGGCCGUCUCGGAGGAACAUGUGUGAAUGUAGGAUGUGUUCCAAAAAAAGUUAUGUACAAUUGCUCACUACACGCUGAGUUUAUUCGUGAUCAUGCAGACUACGGAUUUGAUGUGACAGUGAACAAAUUUGACUGGAAAGUUAUCAAGAAGUCCCGCGACGAAUAUAUCAAGAGACUCAAUGGACUCUACGAAGGUGGUCUCAACGGCUCAUCCGUUGAACUCAUUCGCGGCCGUGCCUCAUUUGCCGAAGAUGGAACUGUUGAGGUCAAUGGCGCUAAGUAUAGAGGAAAACAUACUCUGAUUGCUGUUGGUGGCAAGCCAACUAUUCCGAAUAUCAAAGGAGCUGAGUACGGUAUCGAUUCCGAUGGAUUUUUCGAUUUGGAAGAUCUUCCAAGUCGCACGGUCGUUGUCGGAGCUGGAUACAUUGCAGUCGAAAUCGCUGGAGUUCUUGCUAACCUCGGUUCUGAUACUCAUCUUCUCAUCAGAUAUGACAAGGUUCUCAGAACAUUCGACAAGAUGCUGAGCAACGAGCUUACUGCUGAUAUGGACGAGGAAACUAACCCACUUCAUUUGCACAAAAAUACCCAAGUUACCGAAGUUAUCAAAGGAGAAGACGGUCUCUUGACAGUCAAAACAACAACAGGAGUGAUCGAGAAAGUUCAAACUCUUAUCUGGGCGAUUGGAAGAUACCCACUUACUAAGGAACUGAACUUGGAACGUGUCGGUGUGAAGACGGAUGCUGGUGGUCACAUCAUCGUCGAUGAAUAUCAGAACACAUCGGCUCCUGGCAUUUUGUCUGUUGGAGAUGACACUGGAAAGUUCUUGCUUACCCCAGUCGCUAUUGCUGCCGGACGUCGUCUUUCUCAUCGUUUAUUCAACGGCGAAACAGAGAACAAGUUAGCUUACGAAAACAUUGCCACAGUGGUGUUCAGUCACCCACUAAUUGGAACCGUUGGACUCACCGAAGAUGAAGCUGUCCGCGAUUACGGAAAAGACAAUGUUACUCUCUACAAAUCUCGGUUCAACCCAAUGAUGUUCUCGGUCACCAAACACAAGGAAAAGUCUGCCAUGAAACUCGUAUGCGUUGGAAAAGAAGAAAGAGUUGUUGGAGUGCACAUUUUCGGUGUUGGAUCUGAUGAAAUGCUCCAAGGUUUUGCGGUCGCCGUCACGAUGGGAGCCACCAAGAAGCAGUUCGAUCAAACUGUUGCCAUCCACCCAACAUCCGCUGAGGAGCUCGUUACAAUGCGUGGAGGUGUCAAGCCAGAAUAG